AUGCGAGCGGCACGGGCUGGGGAGGGGGGAGGAGGGCGCUGCCGGGGGCCCCCCGAGGCCGGGCUGGGGGCGGCCUGGGCGGUGCUGCCCGGCGGGGGCCUGGCCCGGCCCCGGGGGGGGGGUGGCCCCGGCCCGUACCUGCGCGCGGGGAUCGGGACCGACACGUCCAGCUCCCGGGCUAGAACCCACAUUUUUGGGAUUCAGGGAAGGGCCACCGAGGACGGGAAGCCGCAUUCUUGGGCGGUGACAAGUCUUACAAGUGGCCUUAUUCCAAUUCCAGAAAUUCCUCCACCGGAUUCUUAUUUUAUAUACAAUCCUAAAGUGCCAGGAAACAUGCCCACUCAAUCCCUGUUAGUGUAUAUGGAUGGACCAGAAGUUAUUGGCAAUUCCCUGGGCACCCAGAUGGAGCUAGAUGAUGCCGUGUCAAUAAAAGGGACCACCGCUGUUCCUUUCAGAGCUACGCAGGAGAAAAGUAUCAUCCAGAUAGAAGGAUAUAUGCCCUUGGACUGUAUGUUUUGCAAUCAGACCUUCACACAUUCAGAAGACCUUAAUAAACACGUCUUAAUGCAACAUCGGCCUAUCCUCUGUGAGCCAGCAGUUCUGCGCGUUGAAGCAGAGUAUCUUAGUCCUCUUGAUAAAAGUCAAGUAAGAACAGAACCUCCCAAGGACAAGAAUUGCAAAGAAAAUGAAGAAUUCAGCUGUGAAGUAUGCGGGCAGACAUUUAGAGUUGCUUUCGACGUCGAGAUCCACAUGAAGAAGCAUAAGGACUCCUUCACCUACGGGUGUAAUGUGUGCGGAAGAAGAUUCAAGGAGCCGUGGUUUCUUAAAAAUCAUAUGCGGACACACACUGGCAAAUCUGGAGCCAAGAGCAAACUGCAGCAAGGCUCGGAGAGCCCGGUAACCAUCAACGAGGUGGUGCAGGAGCACGCGGCCGAGAGCAUCUCCUCUCCUUACAAAAUCUGCAUGGUUUGUGGCUUCCUCUUUCCAAAUAAGGAAAGUCUAAUCGAUCACAGGAAGAUGCACAGCAAAGAGACGGCUUCCGGUGCCAGCAGUACACAAACAGACUGUCAGCAGGGGGGCAUGCCAGCCCCGGGGCAAGAGCUCCUGCAGUUUUUAAACUUGAGACCCACAUCUCACCCCGAAACCGUCAAGAAGCCCACAAAAUGGAUACCUCAGCUCGAUCCGUUCACCACCUACCAGGCCUGGCAGCUGGCCACCAAAGGAAAAGUGGCCGUGUGCCGGGAAGUGAAGGAGCAGCCAGGGCAAGAAGGAAGUACUGACAACGAUGACUCGUGUUCAGAAAAAGAGGAGCUCGUAGAAAUUUGGAAUGCGAGUAAAAACCAUUCCGAAGGUUCUGGCAAGUCCAAGACCAGUAAGAGCGGUUGUGCGGGCUUCUCCCAAGAUAAAGAGAAGCCCAGACCCUCCAAUGGUGAAGUGCCUUCUGUGGAAGCGGACCCGAAGCUGUCGGGUCACAAAGAGAAGCCGACCCACUGCUCGGAAUGCGGCAAAGCCUUCCGCACCUACCACCAGCUGGUGCUGCACUCGCGAGUGCACAAGAAGGACCGGAGGGCCGACGCCGGGUCGCCCACCAUGUCCGUCGAUGGGAGGCAGCCUCGGACGUGUUCUCCGGACCUCCCCACCACCCUGGAUGAGCAUGGAGCCGUCGACCGAGAAGGUGGUUCUGAAGAUGGAUCUGAGGAUGGACUUCCGGAAGGGCUCCAUUUGGAUAAAAAUGAUGAUGGAGGAAAAAUAAAGCAUCUUACAUCCUCAAGAGAAUGUAGUUAUUGUGGGAAGUUUUUCCGUUCAAAUUAUUACCUCAAUAUUCAUCUCAGAACGCAUACAGGUGAAAAACCAUACAAAUGUGAAUUCUGUGACUAUGCUGCAGCCCAGAAGACCUCUCUGCGGUAUCACUUGGAGAGACAUCAUAAGGACAAACAGAUCGAUCUUGCCUCGGAAGUCAAGAACGAUGGGAAAAACCAGGAGAUGGAAGAUGCACUACUAGCCGCCGACAGUGCGCAAACCAAAAAUUUGAAAAGAUUUUUUGAUGGUGCCAAAGAUGUUAAAGGCAGCCCACCUUCGAAGCAGUUUAAGGGGAUGGCCUCUACGUUUCCGAAUGUUCUGGGCAGCACUGUCCUCUCGCCAGUACACAAAGAUACUCAGGAUUUCAACAAACGUGCAACUGAUGACAGUACUGAUAAAAUAGGCAAAACUUCUGCCCCUGUGUAUUUGGACGUGUUACAGAAGAGACCACCGGGUGACCCCCAGGCGGCGGAGCCCGCGGGUAGAACAGAGGCGGGGGUCCCUGCCCUCGGUGCGGCCCUCGGUGCGGCCCUCGGUGCGGCCCUCGGUGCGGCCCACGGCGCGGCCCACGGCUCGGAUCCGGGCGCCCGGGAGCAGCCGGCGGGGACGGCGGCCGACGGCAGGCACCUGCCCGGCGCGGACUGUCAGGAGAAGCCCCUGAACCUGUCCCUCGGGGCUCUUCACGGCUGCCCGGCCAUUUCUCUGAGCAAGAAUUUAAUCCCAGGGAUCACCUGCCCGUUUUGUACCUUCAAGACCUUUUAUCCGGAGGUUCUGAUGAUGCACCAGAGACUGGAGCAUAAGUACAACCCCGACAUCCACAAAAACUGCCGGAGCAAGUCGGCGCUGCGCAGUCGGCGCACCGGCUGCCCGCCCGCGCUGCUGGGCAAGGACGUGGCCCCGCUGGCGCACUGCCCCCGGCCCCGGGCCCGGCCCGCGCCCGCCCCAGCCCAAGGCCGCGCCCGCGACCGAUCGGACCGUGAUCGGGACCGUGAUCGUGACCGCGACCGCGACCGCGGGAAGCCGGGCCCCGCCGCGCCCGCCAGGCCCCCGCCGCCGCCGGGCCUCGACCCCAGCACUUUAGCGCCCAGCAACCUGAAGGCGCCGCGGCCCGGGGGGGCGCCGGGGGCCGCCCGGCCUGCAGAGCCCGUGUACGUGGAGCGCGGCCGCAGGCCCGACGCCAGGCCCCGGGCGCCCCCCGCCAGCGCCGCCGCCAACGGCUGCGCCGAGCGCCCCUGGGCCCCGCGGGGCCGCGACCCCCCGAGCGGCCGCCCCGCCGAGCCCGGGGAGCCCCUGGCCAAGCGGCCGCGGCCCGACGCCGAGCCGCCCGCGCCCGCCUUCCGCCGCGCGCUGGAGCUGCCCAAGUACCAGGUGGUGCGCGGCCUGCCCACGCUGCUGCCCGCCGAGUGCGUGUGCCCACCGCCCACUGCGCUGCCGCCCAAGGCCCGCGCCGCGCCCGCGCCGCUCUUCUGCGGGCCCGCGGCGGAAGGAAAAAGGCCUGUGUCGUAUCAACACUUGUCUAGCAGCAUGCUACAAAAGAGAAACUAUGAGAAUUUUAUUGGGAAUGCACAUUAUCGGCCAAAUGACAAAAAAACUUGAUUUACUAUUUCGGGUAAGAAAGGUCUUGAUGGAUGUGUACUGUCCACAAAUUGAGUUCGUCCAUCCUUUGGCAAAAGCAGAUGGUGGGAGCCUGUGAAAUAAGCUGUGACCGUACCAUGCGUGUAACAUGCCAGGAACACUACGGUUUUGUAAAGUUGUUCUGUUAACUUUUGUACCAAAUAGCAAUAAAAACUAUAGUUGGAACAGUUGGGUUGUACACAAAUGGAGACUGGAAAUCUCUAUUUUGUCCCUGAAUAAUAUUUUUUUUAGAAUCGACCAAAUAAGAAGAGGAGUCUUUUGCAUACUUGAGCGCUGCUGGAAAGAAACCAUCUGGGUUGGGGGGUGGGUGGGGAGAAAGUAUAUGACGCUUGCACCUCAGGUAAUAUGUACAUAUGUAAGUUCUAAACCUGCUUGUUCAAAUACUGUGCAUACUCUUUUCUCUAAUGUAGCUCAUCACUUUGAGCAGUUCCUAUUUGUACUCUUUCGUUGAAAAUGUAUGUUUUUAAAAAUAAUUCUCAAUGAUUUGUAUUAUGUUAAAUCUUCCCCAGUCUAUUGUCUUAACAAAAUUGUUAACACAAGUAUUGACCCUCUAUGAAUAUGUGCUGCAUAUACUGUGGUCAGUCAUUUUGAAUUCGGUGCCCUUUUAUUGUAAUUUUCAUUUUGUCAACAGAGGGAGAGUCCAGAUCCACGAUCCUUUUCUGAAAAAGUGGUGUGAUUUGUGGGGUUUUUAAGUGUGUGUGUUUACAGAGGAGCAUGUCCUCCGCAGAGCAGCCACAUACACAGUAAACAUACCAAAUUGUAUGUGGAGUUCCUAAAAGUUAUUUUUUAUCACAUUAAUCAUUUUUGUUGGAAAAUUCAGGUUUUCUUGGCUUUUGCUUAAAUUAGUAUGUAAAAAAACAUAAACGUUAAAUUAUACAUGUGAAUUACACAUACUGGAAGCAAUUUUAAAGGACAUGAAAGUUUUCGGGUAAAUUUUAGGUUUGUAUCUAGGAGUCUUGGUGUGCCCGGCAUUUGGGUUAACUGUGGACAUAUUCGAGUUAAUGAUAGACACGUUGAUUCUGAAUAAGGAACUGCCGGCUGAGCCUUCUGGUAAUGGGGAAGAUGUGAUCUGUUUCUUGACCUCAGUAACUUGUCUUCCCGUUUUUGGUUGUUUGGAGCAGCAACGUUUUUCUCAGUGCAUAUGUAGUUUGGGUUUUUAAAGAGAGGAUAGCCACCAGCUGGCUUGCUAGGUGUUUUAAACUUUUGUUCCCUUAAUACGCUGUCCGCGGCUGAGUUUAUUCAGCAGUACAUUGGUUUAGCAACCACAAAAUAUUUUAUUAAGAAAACCGUUUUCAAAAAUAAAUUUGCACUGUUAAGUUUUCUUGCCCUGUCCUUUUGCGUUAGAGCAAGAGUGAAGUCCUAAAAGAAUCCUGAUUUGUUUUUUUGUUUUUUUCUUGUUUUUUCAUUAUGCAACAUGAAGCAUACUUGACAGAGAAGUCUUAAACUCCCACGUUAAAGGGAGACCUGAUUAGAGAUCAGUCUGCUGUCAUUGCAAUGAAGUGCUUUGUAUCAGGAAAGUGUACACUAUUUACCUUUUUUCCUGUUCACAAGCUGAGCCAUAUGUACAUAAUCUAGAUUUUUGUUUUCAUAGUUUUGCACUUUUAUAGCCUAUUUUUGAAGAUUAACACAUUUGCAAGAUGAUUGACUUGAUCUUUGCCUAAUCCAAUGAGUGUUGCAGAAAGCUUGCUGUGACUAUAAAUGUAAAUCUUAAAAGGGGAUACGAGAUAAUAGAGGGCUGAAAUUUAAACCUGUAUUUAAAAAAAAUCACCAAAUCUAUCUGAAAACAAGUCAAUUCAUGUCAUACUGUAAUUUUGGGGGCUUUCAGAUUUCUCCUUUCUUAACCACAUUUCUGAAUUUCUGAAUGCAUAAAAAUGUCCUUUUUUUUUUUUUCACAGCCCUUGUACUCCAAAAUUUUUGUUUGUUUUUGUUUUUGGUCCAUCAGUAUUAACUAUUGGGAUACUACUGGUUUUGUAUGUUUUUUUUCCUUUUGAGACAACAGUACAUAUAAUAGAGGUACAAUCCAUUGGAUUUUUGUUUAUGUAUUUAUUUCAUUCCAGUUUGAUUUAUUUUAAUUGUUGAUACUUGUCAAACAGUAGACAUUACUUGUUUUAUUUAUGAUAUAUUUCAGCUUAAAGUUAUGUUAUUAUAUGUGGAUGUAAAUAUAGAUUUGGUGUUUUGCAGUCUUGGGUUUUGGUCUUUAUUGUGUCCCUGGUUUCUGGUUUUGUUUUAUUUGGCUUUUUAUUAAGUACAAUUUUAAGCCUACAGGGUAGUAGAGACGUUAAUGUAAUGAAUCCUUGUGCUCCCCAGCAGUAUUUUUUUUUUUCCCCAGCAGUAUUUUGCAUCACCUCAAGUCUUCUCCCCUGAGUAUUUUAAAGCAAAUCUCAGACGUGAUACAGUUUCAUUUUACACUUCAGUAUGUAUCCCUAAUGGAUAAGAGCUUUCAUGAUCACACACAGCUAAAUGGACAAUGAUUCCUUAUAACCAACCUCCAUGACCAUGUUCCCUGGUUGUCUCAAAGGUGGCUUCUCAUC